UCUUCCGCUCCUAAUGUCUAAAAGCCUUCUGUCUCGCAUCAAACCUCUCCACACCCCGAAGGUCAGUUCUUCACCAUUUCGCGUCCCUUCCCAUCUCAAAAGUCUCAUCAAUGAAACCAUUCAAAUCCUCAAAACGCACCCGCAAUGGCCAGAUUCCCUUGAAAACCGUUUCUACGGUGAAGAAACUCGCGUUUCGGAGAUUGCCAACUACGUGUUUGAUCAAAUACACGACGCGGAGUUAGGUAUAAAGUUCUUUCAUUGGGUUUCUAAACAAGAACCCCAUCAUUUUCCCCUCAAUGGGUUGGCUUAUUCUUCGUUUUUAAAGCUCCUUGCUAGGUUUAAAAUGUUCUCCGAGAUCGACACUGCGCUGGAGAACGUGAAAUUGGAAGAAAUAAAGCCUACGCAUGAGGCUCUAAGCUUUCUUAUUCGCGUUUAUGCGGAUUAUGGCUUUGUUGAUAAAGCUCUUGAACUGUUUUAUUCCGUGGUUAAAAUUUAUGACUCUGUUCCUAAUCUGAUUGCUUGUAAUUCGUUCCUUAAUUUACUUGUGAGGUUAAAUAAAGUUGAGAUCGCCCGGAAAGUGUUCGAUGAAAUGGUUAUAAGAGAUGGCUGUGUCGAUAAUUAUAGUGUCUGUAUAAUGGUGAAGGGUUUAUGUAACAUAGGGAAGGUUGAUGAAGGUAAAAAAUUGAUUGAAGAUAUGUGGGGAAAAAGGUGUGUUCCGGAUGUUGUUUUUUAUAAUACGUUAAUUGAUGGAUAUUCUACUAAAGGUGAUGUUGAAAGAGCUAAUGAACUUUUUAAGAAGAUGAAAAUGAAGGGAUUUUUGCCUACAUUGAAGACUUAUGGUACUAUGAUAAAUGGCUUUUGUAAGAAAGGGGAUUUUAGUGCAAUUGACUGGCUUUUGAAAGAAAUGAAAGAAAUGGGUAUCUCUGUUAAUACUCAAGUUCAUAAUACUAUUCUUGAUGCACAAUUUAAGCAGGGUUUUAAAGUUAAUGUGACGGACACCAUAGAGCAGAUGAUUGAGAGUGGAUAUGAACCUGAUAUUGUUACGUAUAACACUUUGAUUAGUGGUUUAUGUAGGGAUAUGAAGGUUCAGAAAGCUGGUCAGCUUCUGGAACAGGCAAAGAAGAGGGGAUUGGUACCGAAUAAAAUUAGUUAUACCCCUUUGAUACAAGGCUAUUGUAGAAUAGGAGAAUAUCUGGUGGCACUGGAUUUGCUUAAUGAAAUGUCAGAGAGGGGCCAUAAACCUGAUGUAGUUGCUUUUGGAGCUCUUGUCCAUGGACUUGUUGCAAUGGGAGAGGUGGAUGCUGCAUUAACACUUCGUCACAAGAUGUUUGAAAGGGGAGUUUUGCCUGAUGCUGGGAUAUAUAAUAUUUUGAUGAAUGGACUUUGCAAGAAAGGAAAACUUUCUGCUGCUAAAGUCCUCCUUCGAGAGAUGCUUGACCAAAAUGUACCUCCUGAUGCAUUUGUUUAUGCAACUCUGGUUGAUGGGUUCAUCAGGGAUGGCAAUCUCCAUGAGGCAAAGAAACUCUUUGAUGUCAUGAUUGGAAAAGGCAUGAAUCCCGGUGUUGUGGGAUAUAAUGCCAUGAUUAAGGGUUUCUGCAAAUUUGGAAGUAUGAAUGAAGCACUAUCAUGUGUUACUAGAAUGAUAGAAGCACAUCUUACCCCAGAUGAGUUCACUUACUCUACAAUUAUAGAUGGCUACAUAAAGCAGCAUGACAUUGGUGGUGCACUGAGGAUGUUUGGACAAAUGGUGAAAAGAAAACGCAAGCCUAAUGUGGUGACAUAUACCUCUCUGAUUAAUGGUUUUUGUCGAACUGGAGAUUUCAAUAUGGCUGAAAAAGCUUUUAAAGAGAUGAAAUCGUGUGGUUUAGAACCUAAUGUAGUCACAUACACUAUACUUAUUGGGAGUUUUUCCAAGGAAGGUAAACUUGCAAAAGCAGUCUUCUACUUUGAAUUGAUGCUGUCUAACAAGUGCAUUCCAAAUGAUGUUACUUACAAUUAUGUUGUAAAUGGCAUCACAAACAGUCCAGGUGAAAUUCUGGAUAACCAGUCUUUGGAGAAGAAAUCUCUUUUUCUUGAAUCUUAUAAUAUGAUGAUAUCCGAUGGUUUGGCUCCACGAGCUACUGUUUAUAACUCCAUCCUCCUUUGCCUUUGCCAAAAUGGAAUGACUAGAAUUGCUUUGCAGUUAAAAGAUAGGAUGAUGAACAAUGGCCUUUUUCCUGACCCUGUUUCUUAUGCUGCCUUUCUGCAUGGCUUUUGUUUGGAGGGAAAAUCGAAGGAGUGGAGGAACAUAAUCUCGCAUGAUUUGAAUGAACAGGAACUUAAAAUUUCUUUGAAGUACAUAGAACUUUUGAGCCUGUGGCUACCUUGUGGAAUAACUUGUGAGGCGUCAGUUAUUUUGCAUACCUUGAUUGAACGGUGCAGCCAUGAAAACGAAAAGGAAGAUCUUGAAAUAUCUGCAAAAUAGUGGAAAAGUCCAAAGGAAAACACAUUAUCUGGUUUUACUAGAAAGACACUUGGAAAUGAAAAUAAUAGGUUCUUAAUUUAACUGGUGAGUAUUGAAUGAGUAAAGUGGGUGGUUAACUGCUGCUUUCACCAAAUCACUCGAUAUGGUGAACAUUUGCUUCACAGAAUUAACAAUUCAUUUUAGCUCAAAAGCAACAAAUAUUGGAGAGGUGUAAUUGUAGUCUGGUAAUUUCACAGAAGGCGGAGUUUGGUGUUUAGGGGGUGAUAGUGGAAAAGUUGACAGAUAAGUCACCCUUACUGUCACUCUAUAGGACUGUACAUGAGAUUUUCACCUCGUAUGGCUCCUUGUUCAAUUCUUUUGAAGUCAUUAAUUAGCCAGAUCAACUAUAAUUACAUUCUACCAAGGCCACUUUUCUCAGUUACAGAUUCUGUGGCAGAAAUGACAUGGAGG